AUGAGUCAACGCACGCGUACAAGCGGGACACAAGCCACCCUGGCUGAAGGUCCGUCUGCCGUCCGGCGCCGGCUACAACCGCCUCAAGGACAACUUCCGGGGUUGAACCUGCACACGGUGUGUGAAGAGGCGCGCUGUCCCAAUCUGGCCGAGUGCUGGCAGUCCGGCACCGCCACCAUCAUGAUUCUCGGGGACACUCUGCACCCGCGGGUGCCGUUUCUGCGCGUCAAGACCGCCAAGGCCGGCGUCCGGUCGAUCCGACGAGCCGCACGCGUGGCCGAAGCCUUGGCGCGAAUGAACCUCCGCUACGUGGUCAUCACCUCCGUGGACCGCGACGACCUCGACGACGGCGGGGCCGGCAUCUUCGCCGAUACGAUCCGUGAAACCCGACGCCGUUGCCCGGAGCUGAUCAUCGAGGUGCUGAUCCCGGAUUUCCGCGGCGACGUCCACGCGCUCCGGAAAGUGGUCGACGCCGCCCCGCAGGUCAUCGGCCAGAACAUCGAGACCGUCCGGCGCCUCACCCGCUACGCCCGGGACCGGCGCUCCGGCUACGAGCAGACCCUGGAGGUCCUGGCCAACGUCAAGGCCUGGACCCCCGCAUCUACACCAAGAGCGCGAUUCUGUCUCGGCCUUGGCGAAACGGCCGACCGAAGUGCUCGCGACCAUGCGCGACCUGCGCGCCCGGGACGUGGACAUCCUCACCCUGGGCCAGUACCUCCAGCCCACCAGGAAGCACCUCCCGUGGCCGAGUUCUGCACCCGGACCGUUUUCGCGACUACGAGAACAGGGCAUGCAACUCGGCUUCCGCUACGUUGCCGCCGGCCCCAUGGUGCGCAGUUCCUACAAGGCGGCGGAGUUCUUCGUUGA